CGGGGGUGUUGAUCCUGGCGGCGCAUACACUGCCCUCGGAGGGAGGCUAUGAGUUGAUCCCGGAUCAGGCGUAUUGACUGGACCGACGGAGGUAUGAUGAUGCGAUGAUAUGAUAAUGAGAGGCGUUGGUGGAUGUUUGCAAUCGUAUAGUCGGUACGACAGUAUAACGAUGAUUAAUAUAGUCUGUGUGACGUGUUUGAUGAUACUCAUGCGAUCAAAGACUGGCAGAAUUCAAUAUCCGGAAACCUCACUUUCUCCUUCCAAGUGCCUCGAUACUCCCUCGGAUCUUUUGCACCAAUACCCUAACCUCCGCAAACGACUUGUUCCCCACCUUCGUCAGCCAGCCACCAGACACUCCUCGUUUACCUCCCCGCCCAUCUUCCUCAACCUCACGUCAAACUCCCGGAUCUCUCUGCACUGCUCCAUUCGCUUCAGACUUCCAGCACCAGCUGACACUGCAGCAAGGGCCAGCUGGACGUUUGGUACCUCACCCGCUGGUAAUGCUUCCGGCAGUAGUGAAUCUACGCGUGGUGGGGAUACGCCUGGUGGAGACCUUGUUACGCCCGAAGAUGUGGGAGAUGACUUUGCGAUGCCGAUGCUUGGGUUGUCCGGGCUGGUGGGUAGGGUGCAGGAUGGCUGGUAUUCGCAGGUGAUACCUGUGAUGGUGGUUUGUGGAGUGGAUGGUGAUGGGGAGGAUGGAGAAGGGAGGAGGUGUUCAUGCUUGGUUCUUUCUGACCUUGCUGAUGGCGGGGUGGGUUUCAGUGCAUGAUUGGCGCUUUCUGCUCUUCUCAUGGGUGUAUGUGGAUGGGUUGGGGAUUCUUAUAUUGGGAAGACAUACAGGGAGUGAAGGUGGCUUCUGGUUAUGAGGUGGAAUUCUGGAUAGCUGUGAGCAGAGACAAAAGCAUUCAUUGGAAAGAAUGAGUCACUGUGCAAGGCCCUCCAUUGACCCUGUACCAUACGUGUAGGUCGCCAUGGUGUCUCUCUCAAUAUAC